AGUUUUCCAGUUCUUUCAAUCUUCCAAUUAUCUUUCUAUUCUUCCAGCCGCAUACUAUUGACUAGUAUCCCGCUUUAUACAAUCUUUAUAAAUCUUUUAAUUCUUCAAUAAACUUUAAAAACCCAACCAACCAACCCCAACAGCAAAUAUGCGUUAUACUAUCGUCAUCGCCGCUAUCAUCCCAUUCGUUGCCGCCCAUGGCAAGAUCGCAGUCUUGGUUAGUAAUCUAUCUCAUUCCUUCUCAAUCUCGUCUCAUCAUUUAUCCCAUUCUUCAUUCUCCACUUUCAAUAAUUCACACUAACUCAUUACUUCAGACUGGUGAUGCAGGUGGAAACACCACUGGUCUUGGUAUCCAAGGUGCCGUCAUCCCUGGUGCCGGAACCAACAAGCAAACUGAGGUCGACACUACUGUCUUCAACAGUAAGAACGCCGCUACUGACGGUCUCGGAAAGACCAAGGCUGGUCCCAACACCAUGUCUAACAUGAAGAGUGUCAUGGCCAUGUCCGGUGAAACUCUUCCUCAAGUCAGCGACGGAGGUGAACUCAGCGGAACCAUCCACAUCGUUACCACUGACGGAGCUGGACCAUACUCCGCCAUCGUCGAUCCAACUGGUACCGGUGCCUUCUCUCAAGGUACCGAAGCAAAGGUUACUACUCAAGUACCAGGCAAAAGGGGUAACAUCGCCGCACCCAAGCAACGCUCUCUCAUGAUGAGAUCCCUCGUCAACCUUGGUAUCGUCAAGCGUGCUAAGAACGUCAACGAAGACUACCCCAUCAAGGUCUCCAUGCCAGCCGGCAUGUCCUGCACCGGUACCGUCGGUGAUCAAAAGAACGUCUGCUUAGUUAAGCUUGCCAACCCAUCUGGCGCUGGACCAUUCGGUGGUGUCGCCGCCUUCCAAAUGGCCUCGGCUUCCGGCGAUUCUGCUGCUGGUAAUGGCACUACUGCUGCUACUACCAAGCGCACCAUCGGUGCCAAGUUCCGUGCUUAAUUUUUCAGAAUUCAAGAUUACGGCGCCUGAGGGUUCAUCAUACUAGGAGUUGGGGGAUUCGGGAUU